AUGGAUAUCCUGCCACUGCCAGAUGGCGUCGAGUCGCAUUGGCUCGUCCCCGACCUCGGCGGCCCGGACUUCGAUAAUCAGGGAUUCUUAGGCUAUGACGAGCGUCAAGGCUGGAACGUUGACGCCUUAUUUCGAGGAAAGAUCACUGCCGCUCGCAAAGAUUGGGAGAACUAUUAUACCUCGGUGUCGCAGGAAGAUGGCAGAUUUGUUCGCAUGUCAAGCACGCAGGAAGUGAUUCUCCUUUGUGCGGGUUCGUUCCUUCAAACAUGGAUUUUCUACGGGAUUUGGCAGGAGGCAUUGAGCAGGCCCGUCUCUAGGCAAGAGGGCUCUGUUGAAGGGCCUGGCGCCAAUGCGGCGCGACAUAAUCUGAGCGCCUCGAAUCGGUACGUCACUGCGGGAGCACUCUUCAGAGAAUUCAUGGCAAGACGUGACGAGUUGAACAACAACUUGAAAUGGGCAGACCAGUUCGACCGCUGCUUACAAGAGGCGAAAUGGAUAUUGCAGAAGCUGGAUCGGAACUCGGACAAAGCUACCAUGCAAUUCUUGCCGCUUUCGGUAUGUCUGGCUCUGUCUACCUUGGUCGAAACGCUCGACAGGUACCGCAGACUUUGGCUCGAUGAUACUGAGGAUGUCCUUGCCAAUUCGCAAAUUUCGGUACCGUGUCAGCUGCUGGAGAGAAAACUGAUAUCUGAGGAUGGCUGGUGUCCCAGCAUCGUGCAUCGGGUGGGCUCAAGACUCGGCCUUGAAGGCUUAUACUUCGCCAGCCUUCUCCCUUCCUUGAAGGAUGGGUUUGACCAUGAAAACUGUACUACACGGUUUGCUUGUGUCGCUUCCAAUGUCGAUGUCGGUAACUAUCAGACCCGUCAUGUGUCCGAACACUGCGACUGUAAAAGGCAUGGGUGUGACCACAUGCAGCCGGAAUGCGCUUGUCAGCAUCAGGCAAUGCCGAACUCCGACUUGGUGGCGGCCUUCGAGAACGAACAGUUUCCUCUUGUGGGUUUCCAGGGCGAGAAGAUCAACAUAAUUCCCUUCAAACCAGGCUUGCGAUACGUUGCAAUCUCUCACGUAUGGUCUGAUGGUAGGGGAAAUCCAAGGCAGAAUUCAUUGCCCAUGUGUCAACUUCGCUCAAUCCAACACUAUGUCACCGCUUUGACAACGAACCAAGGCUCACCCUUCUGGAUAGACACCUUGUGCGUGCCCGUGGAGGAACCUCUGAGGCAUCUGGCAAUUCUGCGCAUGGCCAAGGUCUACUCGUCGGCAAGUCAAGUACUUGUCUUGUCAGAGGAGCUCCUUUCACACAACCUUCCAUCUUCACCAGACCAAGUGUUAUUUUCUAUCUUUUGCUGCAAGUGGAUGUUACGACUCUGGACGAUGCAGGAAGCGACUUUGGCGGAGGAUCUGAGAUUUCAGUUUGCCGACACCAUAGUCCCAUACACCCCAAGGGAACACGUAUUAACGGUCAUGGCUUCGGAUGCCGCUGGCCUCGUUUCUCAACUUCUCGGACUAUACGCCGCGAUCUCCAUUGACCAGGCUAAAUUGUCGCUUCAGACCGUAAAGCAUGAAAAAUAUCCAUUUCUGACCUUUUUGACUACCCUCCAAUUUCGAUCCACAUCGAGACCGAUGGACGUUACGGUAUGCGCCUCAAUCCUGCUAGGUUCCGGUUUGAGCGCGGUUCUUGAGGCUCAGGAUGAUGUCAAAAUGCAGACAUUCUGGGCGAACCAGGAAAAAUUGCCUGCCAGUGUCCUGUGGAUGCUUGGGCCUCGUUUAAAGGUUGAUGGAUUUCGGUGGGCUCCUAGCGAUCUGCUCCACCCGGGGACAAGGCUCCUCACGCCCUCUGAGGAUUAUCCACCAGCACACCCAACACCAGAGGGGCUUCUUGUCAAUGGCAUCGACGCAAUCUUGCUAAAAGAUUUGCCGGUUCCUACCGUCGAAAAGACCCAUUUGCGCUUUCGGUUACCCAAUUCGUCGCAGAGAUACAUCGUUUUCAAGGACCAGGAUCAUGACAAGUGGGUCGAUAUGACGAGCUUUUGGAAUGGUAACUGUGUUUUAUUCCUGGCUGAGCACCCUACAAGGCGAUCAGAAGCCUUUGCUGCGUUAACUAUGCCCAUGGUCGACCUCAGCAAUAAAGAAUGUAGGGAAGACGAGCGCCACCCGGUGUCAGCGCGUUACCUCGCAGGGCUUAUUGUUUGUACGGAGGAAUAUUGGUAUGAACGACUGAUGCCCCAAGGGACGAACGACUUUUACCAAGCCAAAUCUUUCUUGAACUCGAAGGGGAUGGACUUUGUGGACAUUCAAGAGUCAAUGCUCGUCAAAACCUCGCGACGAUGGUGCAUUUUCUGA